CGCCGGCACAUGCGCGGUGCGCGCGGCGCGGCGGGGCUGGGGGCUGAGGCGCCGGCGGGCGCGGCGGGCUCGGUUACCGGCGCCCUGCGGGCCAGCCCCGCCGCCGCUCCCUCCUCCGCCUCCUCCUCGCCGCCGCCGCCGCAGCAGCAGCAGCUGGCGCUGCUCGUGAUGCAGCCGUGCGGCGGCGAGGAGGCGGCGGCCGGGGCCGCGGGGGGGGGUGCUGCCCUCCCGAGCGCCGACCCGCCGCUGCCGCCCUCCGGUAGUGGCGGCCUCAUGUUGUUUUACGAGCUGGGGGGGGCCGGCGACGGCGAGGUGGAGGCGGGGGAGGAGGGCGAGGCGGCGGGCGGCGAGAGCACGGCCAGCCCGGAGGAGCUGGAGGAGGAGGAGGCGCCGGCGGCGGCGGCGGCGGGCGGCGGCUGCAAGAGCUGCACCUACCAGGGCUGCAGCGAGACCACCACGCAGGUGGUGAAGCAGCGCAAGCCCUGGAUGUGCAAGCGCCACCGCAACAAGAUCUACAAGGACAAGUACAAGCGCAAGAAGAGCGACCAGGCCCUGGGGGGCGGCGGGGCGGCCGCCGCGGGGGGCGGCCCGCGGGCCGAGGAUAGUGUUGAAGGUUCAGUUUCUGUUACAAAACAGAGAACAGGAUCCAUUGGAGAUCGUCCAGCAAGACCUACUCUUCUAGAACAAGUAUUGAAUAAAAAGAGGCUGUCCCUGCUCAGAAGUCCAGAAGUAGUGCAGUUUCUACAGAAACAACAGCAACUGUUAAGUCAGCAGGCUUUGGAACAAAGGCAGCAACAGUUUCAAGGAGCACCUGGGUAAUCAGAUCAGUGACCUGCAGAUGAGUCUGGUGCUGAAGGACAAACAGAAUGUGUAUUUUAUAUAAAUACAAAGAAUCGCAGUGUUUAAAGAAAAACUAAAGUUGCUGCUGUUGUGUAUUUUACCUGUUUCUUGUUUGCACUUUUGAGGCUUUGAGCUGCUUGGGUGUCUGCAAACUUGUGAGGAAAUCUGGAGGUGUCUAUUUUUUGAUUCUUUUUAAAACUUCAUUUUAAUGUUUGAUUUUUUUAAGUAGAAAUUUGUUUAUUAGUAAUGUUUAGCUGUACACCCUUCUCCUACCAAAGUCUUCCAUGAAAUUAACAUUUUUUCUAUGUAAGGAUUUACUGUUUAACAAAGUCGCUCUUUGAUGACAAUCAUUGAAGGAAGUCAGUUACUUUCUAUGGAAGUUGUGAAAUAAAGUCCUGAAUUUGAGCCAGUCUGGUGGCAUGACCUAACAGCGAUUGCUCAGGGAUAUGAGAAACUUAUGUCCAGUAGAAUAUUGCACUAAAGGCAAAGACAAUAUGCCAUCAAGAAGUUGAUCCAGUGGCUCAGAAAAGUGCAAAUCAGGUGAUCCUCCUGCUAUGUAUUAAUUAUCUACAGGUUUGAAAUACUCAUUGUCUGCAUUGUAAAGCAUGUAAAAUAAUUUCCCUUUAAAAGUUCCAAAAGAGAUAAAUGGUUAAAAGCUUUAGAGAAGAAUUAGGUGGCACAUACACGACAGAGUUGGGACUUGUUUUGUGGAGUUAUUUGUAAGGACCAACCUCUGAUAUGUGAAAUAUAACUUAAUUACAGAUAAGAGUAUCACUCAUUUUAAGUGACUACAUUAAAUGUUAAAGUUUUUAACUUUUAAUAGCAAAUGCAUCCAAAACCUAAAAUGUAAUUGUGCAUUAUUUUCCUUUAUGUAGAUUUUGCCCUCUAAAAAAAGAGCAUAGUUCAAAUUCUUCCAUCAAGACAACUGAUAUAUAAUCAACAAGUGUUAGACUGCAGGUUUUCAGGCAAUUCAGAUGGACUUGCAAUUGAUUGUGUUAAGAAUCUAAACACUGUGUUAUGUAAGUGUUGAAUCCCACAUCUUGUUUUUAAAACAAAGUUGUGUAUUAAACCACAUUUCUGAACAGAGGUUAUCUGAAUGGUGUGGGGUACUUAUUGAAGUAUUACUUGGAUGUUGCAGCAAUUUGAUCCACUAUAUCUCUCUUCAGGAGUAUUUGUUAGUCUUACGAAUUUUUACAAGCUGUGCUUUGUGUAUGUAUAGAAUUUGUUCAGUAGGGAUUUAUUGAAUUUUGCAUUGUCAAAGUUGCUUUUUAAAAAAAUCAAAAUUUUGUAUCAACAGUUCUGGACCAAUAAGUGUUUGAGUAAAAUCUUUUUUUUUCUUUAAAAAAACAAAACCAAAGCCUGUUCUUUUCUGUUAGAUUUGUAUGUUGUUAGGUUGGGUUUUUUUCUAUACUCAAAUAGCUAGCUGUGACUAGGUGGCAUUAAAACUUUUGUGUUCCAAGGCUCUUCUUACAGAAAGUUACUUUAGCUUUAACUAACAUCGUAUUACUUUUUUCAGCGUGUCAGAGACUAUAUGUGAAAAUGUAAUGAGCUGAUAUUGUAGAAUAAAGUAUUUGCUUU